AUGCGGCCCUCACUUCAAACCAUUCGUGGCCUGGCAACGGUGUCACCCACACUGUCUUCCACCCGCUCCCACAAAGUCGUCGUCGUUGGUGGCGGCUCGGCCGGAAUAGCACUGUCCCACCAACUUCUCCGCAAAGGACCCUUCAAGCAAGACGACAUUGCCAUUGUUGACCCCGCGACAUGGCAUCACUACCAACCCGGCUGGACCCUCGUUGGCGGCGGUCUGAAGAAGAAGGAAGAUUUGCGAAGACCGCUGAAGGAGCUGAUGAAUCCGAAAUUCAAAUUCUACCAGACUGCCGUCGGCAGCUUCAGUCCAGAGGAAAACCAAGUGACUUUGGCUCAUGGCGAGAGAUUGAAUUAUGAACAUUUGGUCGUUGUUCCCGGUAUCACGAUUGAUCACACCACCGUCAAGGGUCUUCCAGAGGCGUUGAGUAAUCCAGAUGCCCUGGUAUCUAGCAUCUACGACUACAACUACUGCGACAAGGCCUACGCCAACAUGCAGAAGUUCAAAAAAGGCGACGCGUUGUUCACCCAGCCAGCAGGCGUCGUCAAGUGCGCCGGUGCGCCACAAAAAAUCAUGUGGCUCGCCCUCGACUACUGGAAGAAAGCCGGGCUCUACUCGACAGCCAAAGACUCAAACAUCAACCUCUCCUUUGCAACCGGUCUACCAACCAUGUUCGGCGUACCCAAAUACGCCGCCGCGCUCGAAAAGCUUCGCGUAGAGCGCGGCGUCGACGGCCUCUUUACACACGACCUCGUCGCCAUCGACGGCAACACGGCAACAUUUGCCCGACCCGACGGCCAGCCCAACGUCCAAAAACACUUCGACUUCCUCCACGUCUCGCCCAAAAACGUGCCCCACGCGUUUGUCAAGGCCAGCGCGCUCGCCAACCCCGCAGGCUACGUCGACGUCGACGACGCCACAACGCAGCACAAGACGUACAAGAACGUGUGGUCGAUUGGUGAUGCGUCUUCCCUCCCGACUUCCAAGACCGUGGCUGCCAUUACCGCCGAAGCGCCGGUCCUUGUAUCCAACCUCUUGUCCGCCAUGCACGGCAAAGACCUACCAGCCCGUUAUAACGGAUACACGUCGUGUCCGCUGCUGACGGGCGAGAACAAGGUGAUGCUCGCCGAGUUUCUGUACGGAUUUGUGCCGCAGGAGACGUUUGGAACGGUGUUGGGCAUCGAUCAGAGUGUGCCGCGUAGAGCGUUUUUCUACCUCAAGAGGGAUUUUUUCCCCUGGGUGUAUGGCAAGUAUCAUGUAGAGGGGCGAUGGGGUGGGCCAAAGGGGUUAAUCAGAUGA